CUCUGGGAAAUGUAGUGCGGAGUCUCUCGGAGCAGCGAGUACACGCAUGCCCAGCAGCGCCCGGGGCCUGGUGUCUAACAUGACCUUGUACAGAACUGAUUGAGGGCCGCCUGCUGCAGCACUUUGAGCCAAGUCUCUCUGAGUUCAAGACUUAAAAAAUGGGAAAGUGAUUUGCAUGGUUCCUCCUAUGCCCGUCAGCUCCUGUGUUUGGUGGCCGAGGCCUCUGCCGAUGAAUGACCAUGUGCUCUGCUGCCCGCCGAGGUCUCCAUCCUUCCCUGUGAGGAGCGAGCCGUGCACCAGCCAGGAUGGCCUUGGGGCUCCUGAAGAAGCAGGGAUUGGUGAGAUUCAGAGAUGUGGCCGUGGACUUCACCCCGGAGGAGUGGGGAUGCCUAGCCCCAUCUCAGAAGGAGCUCUAUAGGGAUGUGAUGCUGGAGAACUAUUUGAACCUGGCCUGUCUGGGACUUGCUGUGUCCAAACCUGCUGUGAUCUGUCAGUUGGAACAAGGGGCAGCACCGUGGCUGCCUGAGGGAGACGCCUCAGUACGCUGCUGUCCAGAUUGGGAAAUUAAUCCUGGAAUCACAUACUGUGUUCCAAACUUGGAUGUUUCCGUGGAACUAUCAUUGCAGAAAAGUCUCAGAAGGAAGGAUCUCUUUGUCUCCAGCUUGGGAGAAUCCUGGGAAUGUGAUGCUAUGCUAGGGAAGCGGCAGAGCAAGAAGAAGGAACCUUCUCGAUCUUGUAUUGGGCAGAAGUGUUAUGAAUGUCACGAGUGUGGAAAUGUCUUCCCUCGGAGGGCAGCCUUGACUCGACACCUGAGGAUUCAUACUGGAGAGAAGCCUUAUGAAUGCCACGAAUGUGGGAGGGCUUUCCGUGUGAGUGGCAUGCUUACUGUACAUAAGAGGAUUCACACUGGAGAGAAGCCUUAUAAAUGUAGUGAGUGUGGGAAAGCCUUCCGUGUGAGCGAACAUCUUACCCAACAUCAGAUCCUUCACACUGGAGAGAAGCCAUAUAAAUGUUACGAAUGUGGGAAGUCCUUCUACCGGAGCACAGAGCUUACUCGACAUCAGAGAAUUCAUACUGGAGAGAAACCUUAUGAAUGUAGUGAGUGUGGAGGGACCUUCCGCUGGAGGGCAGCUCUCACCCAACAUCAGACAAUUCACACUGGAGAGAAACCUUAUGAAUGUCAUGACUGUGGCAAGGCUUUCAGGAGGAGCACAGAUUUUACUCGUCAUCAGAGGAUUCAUACAGGAGAAAAGCCUUACGAAUGUCUUGAUUGUGGAAAGGCCUUUAGCAGGGGCACGGAGCUUACUCGACACCAGACGAUUCAUACUGGAGAGAAACCUUAUGAAUGCAGUGAAUGUGGGAAGACCUUCCGCUGGAGGGCAGCUCUCACUCAACAUCAGACAAUUCACACUGGAGAAAAACCUUAUGAAUGUCAUGACUGUGGGAAGGUCUUCCGUCUGAAGAUACAGUUUUCCCGACAUCAGAGAAUCCAUACAGGAGAGAAACCUUAUGAGUGUGAUGACUGUGGAAAGACCUUCCGCCGAAGGUCACAGCUUACUCAACAUCAGAGAAUUCAUACUGGAGAAAAACCUUAUAAAUGUCAUCAAUGUGGGAAGGCCUUUUGCUGGCGAACAGAACUUACUCGACAUCAGAGAAUUCAUACAGGAGAGAAACCUUAUGAAUGUCGUGAAUGUGGGAAGGCCUUUCGUGAGAGUGGGACCCUUACUGUUCAUCAGAGAAUUCACACUGGAGAGAAACCUUAUAAAUGUAAUGAAUGUGGGAAGGCCUUCUGUGUGAGUGGAAAGCUUACUCGGCACCAGAGAAUUCAUACUGGAGAGAAACCUUAUGAAUGUCAUGAAUGCCAGAAAGCUUUUCCCCAGAGGGAAGAACUCAUUCGACAUCAGAAAAUUCAUACUGCAGAGAAACCAUAUCAGUUGAUCAGUCAAUCGAUGAGCAUUUAUUAACCACUUGCUGUGUUCCAAGUACUGUGCUAGAUGCCAAGGAUACAGAUUCCAAAUACACAGCCUUAUAAAUGUCGUGACUUCUGCCAGGGAAUCCUGACUCAUUUCAACAGAUAUUUAUAUUUAGAGUUUUAUCAUACACCAGACAUUCUGCUAGUUGCUGGGAAUACAGACACAAAAAUGUAACAGUUCCUUCCCUUAAGAAGCUUACAUUUUCUUGAAAAAACACCCUACUGAAUGAUGGACAGUUCCUGUUGAAGAGAGAAACAAUGUCAAACUUGAUAAACUGAGGGAAUUCUUUCUAGGCAGAAACCUGAGGAGAAGACGUUUUGCCCAAGCAGAGAUUUAUUGAACUCCCCAAAGUUAAUUGCCAAUUCUCAUGGCCUUUUCUCAGUUCUCUUCCUUCUUGACCUCUCUCCUACAUUUCACACUGAUGAUCACCUUUUCCUUCUGGAGACUCCUUUCUAGGUUUUUGUGACCCUGUUCUCUCCUUGUUCUUCUACCUGUCUAAUUGUUCUUUCUCAGUCUUCUUCGCUGUUUCCUCAGGCUGGGUCACACCCACCAACUGGAUGCCAAGGCUUUGUCCUGGACUCUCUUCUUUCUGUCACUGGAUGAUCUCUUCAGUUCCAGUGGGUUCCAUUAUCAUCUCUACCCAGAUGAUACCCAGAUCUCAAACCAGAUGUCCUGUAGGCACCUGAAACUCAGCAUGUCCAAAUCUGAACUCGUCUCCACCUAUCCCCUUUUCCCAGCUCUCCUCUCUGAUGAACUUCCUUAUUACUAUUGAGGACAACACUGUCUUCCCAGUCACUUAGGCAUGUAGCUUUGGAGUCCUCUUCAGUUCCUUAUUCUUGCCCCACGUGUCCACACUGUUGCCAAGACUUGCCCUUUCUACAUUCCCAAUAUCUCUUCCAUAUGCCGCCAUCUUGGCCACCACUCUGGUUCAGGUCCUCAUCACCUCACACCUAGAUUAUUGCAAUAGCUGCUGGUGGGUCUGCCUGGGGUCUCAAGUCUUUCCUCCUUCUAGUCCAUCCUCUGAACAGCUGCCGGAAUAAUUUUCCUAAAGUGUAGGUCUCACCAUGCCUGUCUCCUAUUCAGUGAAUUCCAUUGGCUCUCUGUUACUUGCAGAGUAAAUACAAAAUCUUCUGUUUGACUUUUAAAGCCCUUCACGACAUGUCUCCUACCUUUACUUGCUUCUUAUACUUCUAUCCAGCAACACUGGCUUCCCUGCUGACACUCAUUCAAGACACUUCAUCUCCAGUCUGAGCCUUUGCAAUGGCUUUGUGCGUGGCUGGGAGACCCUCACCUCCUCACCUCCAUCUCUUAGUUUCCCAGGCUUCUUUCAGGACUCCACUUAAAUUGUCUUCUUCGUUACAGUGUGAGUCUCUUGAGGGUAGGACUGUUUUUGCUCUCCUGUGUAUUUCCAGCACAUAACACAGUGUCUGGCCAUGCUAAGUGCUUAGCAAAUGUUUGUUAACCAACUGAUCUCAGAUAAUCCAUUCUUGAGGGUAUGACUGUAAUGAGUGUGAGAAGACCUUCACCUGAAGGUCAGUCUAUAGAAUUACUGCUGACGUGAAACUCUAUUAAUGCACUGAAUAUGGAAAGGCUUUCAACUAGAGCAGUAAAUUUCACUCUUUGCCAGGGCAUGAGUCAUUAAGAAAUCCCUACAGAAGAAUGUAAUAAAGUCAUGAGUAAGGACGUCAUACCAAAUUUCUUUUUCUUUUUUUUUUUUUAGGUGAGGGCAGUUGAGGUUAAGUGACUUGCCCAGAGGCACACAGC